AUGGAGUGUCUUCGAUGGAGCUCAUUAGUUCCUCAAGGACAAUGUCUUCUUGCUCCCCUUAUUCUAGUCAUUCUUGAUACUAGCAAGUUAUACGAUUAUCUAGUCAAAAUGAUAUUUAAACUGCAUGGGCAACUGCCACCGGAUGCUCUUGAAGGUCACCGAACCAGAUUUAGAGAGGUAUUUCGAAGAACGAAGAAAUUUUACGAGGAAUCCAGUAAUCUACAAUAUUUCAAGUACCUGGUUUCAAUUCCAACUCUGCCAUCGGCUGCACCCAAUUUCCUACAAGCGUCAGAUCUUGAUAGCUACCAAACUCCCCAUGCUUAUCUUCACUCUGAAGGCUCCGAGGAUGGUCAGUCAGUCACCGCUGACGAGGUUUUACUAGAUCUUGGAUCUGAAGAACAAAGAUCUCAGCAACAGCCCGCGCAGACGGAUCCUAGGUGGGUACCUUUUCUACUUUUCCAUUUCUAUGGUAGAAUUUCUUCUCAAUCUCGUAGUCAGCUUUGAAU